AUGUCGUCUUCUCCGUAUCGAAAUGAUGUGCCAUCGAAGAUGCCGACCUCGGCAUCGGCAUCUGCAGUGAUGAGUGCGUAUCGUGCCACACGAAAUGCCCAGCGCAAGCCGGUCCUCGCACGAUACGAAGUGCUUGGGUAUCUCAGCUCUGGUACCUAUGGUCGUGUAUAUAAAGCAAAGGAACUUGUCGCAAAUGGCUCGACGACAGACGCGCGUGUCUUUGCCAUCAAGAAAUUCAAGUCCGAUAAAAACGAUGACGCCCAAGUGUUGCGUGGUAUAAGUCAAAGCAUCAUUCGUGAGAUCGCACUGAAUCGUGAGCUGCACCACGAGAAUAUUGUUUCACUACACGAAGUACUCCAAGAGAAGACAUCUAUCUUUCUUGUAUUCGAAUAUGUUGACCAUGACUUUCUGCAGAUCAUUCACCAUCAUGUAUUCGUGCUUCGCAAGCCCAUUGACGGUGUCGUCGUCAAGUCCUUAAUAUGGCAGCUCAUGCACGGAAUCGAAUAUUUACACGCAAACUGGAUCAUGCAUAGGGACUUGAAACCUGCCAACAUUCUUAUCUCCAAUCGAGGCGUCGUCAAAAUCGGUGAUAUGGGUCUCGCACGUGUGUAUUCUAAUCCGUUGGUGCCUCUCUAUUCCAACGAUAUGGUGGUCGUUACUAUUUGGUACAGGGCUCCAGAGCUACUACUUGGUGCUCGCCACUACACUACUGGUAUCGACAUAUGGGCCAUUGGAUGUAUUUGGGGUGAGCUUCUGGCGCUUCGACCCAUGUUUAAAGGAGAAGAAGUCCGACCAUCAACGCAAAAAGGUGUACGCAUGCCGCUUCAAACAAACCAACUGAGUAAAAUCAUGGAUAUCCUUGGCACGCCCACAACGAAGGAAUGGCCCAAGUUGUCAUCCAUGCCUGAUUACACAGCUUGGAUCGCUGAGCGACGGACCGACACAAUCGUCUCCAGUCUGCAACAGUGGUAUGUGGACCGCGCUUUCACAUCGCACGGCUUUGAUCUUUUCGCCAAGGUACUCGCUUAUGAUCCUGAGAGGCGCUUCACAGCCUCUGAAGCGUUGAAACAUCCAUGGUUCCAUGAGGAGCCACUACCCUUGAAAGUUAUAUUUCCAUCUAAAUCACCCUAUCCGCCCGGACGCAUGGUGCAGCCCGAUACCCAAUCUUCUGUAGCUGCCGCUUCGCGGUCACGGAAACCGCGUGUGUAA